GCGGAAGCGGAAGUGGGUGCGCGGAGGCGCGCGGCGCGCUCCCGGCGGACGGACAGCCCUCCCCUCCCUCCCCAGUAUCACCGAUGGAGCAGCCCAAAGGACCAGUUUUCACCCCCACCAUGGAGGGUUGGGAGGGGAUAGAGGAGCUGCUCGCCAAGCUACGGAAACACCUUUCCUGGGAGGACACCCCCAAAGCCCCCCAGAGGAGCCUCGUCUGUGACCGUGUCCUGCGCCUCUGCGUCGAGCAGAUGGCCAAGCCCGGCGGCUGCCCGGCACACGCCAGCAGCCUGGUGGCAGUGGCCGAGGCAGCAUGCCAGGGCUACCUGAGUGCUGUGCCACAGCCUCCUCCUCUCUACCUGGAGAAGAUCCUUUACAAUCUGCUGAAGAACACAGCGAGCUGGAGCAGCGGAGGGGCCUGGGAGAAGGUGGCUGAGCUCCUCUGGGCACGACUCCUCACCUACCACCCCGGCCAAGUGCCCUCCAAGGACCUCACAGCCGUUGCCUAUGGGAGUUUUGCUGUCCUCUGGAGAGCAGCAACCACCUUGGCAGAGCCUGAGGAGGAGGGAGAGGAAGGCAAAGGUGCCCUCUCAGUCCGUCUGCGCUCCCUGCGCUUCCUCCUGCUGCUGGAGGAGGAGAACGAGGCGCUGAGGCCGCUGCGACCCCCCUUCCUCACCUCCCAGACAGCUCAGCAGGCUGCAGCCGCUGCUGCCAUGUACAAAGCCCAGGAGGCACAAGCUUGGGCUUUCCUCAGCCACCAGCUCAAGGAGCAUUUGUUGGUAGCUCUGGAGAAAGAAGUGAAGAAGCCACCGAGCCUCCAGAAAUCCUUCUGCUACUUGGAGCUCACCCUGGAGCGGUGCCGCCACCUCUGCAAGAGCGGCUUGUACACAGAGGCCCAGGAGGCUGUGAAGGAUGCAAAGGGCUUCUUGGCAACCACCAGCACCUCCCUACAUUCUCUCAGGGAUGCUCUGUCCCUCCUGGCAGCUGGGGUUGAGCUGAGCCAGGCUCUGGCUGACGGUCAGAGCCCUGUGGGGUUACCCUUGUCCCGGGCUGCAGCAGCGCUGGAUGGAGUGGCUGAAGCCUCAGAGAGGUUCCUGAGGGUUCUGGCUGAGAGCUGCCAGUUCCUUGUCUUCUCCAUCAUGGAAUACAGCAAGAGGAGCCCUCAGCAACCUUUGGGCUUGGAGGAUGUGCUUGGGCUGUGUUCCUUCACUGAGGCACAGGGCCAUGUCCUCCGGAGGCUGCAGGAGAAGGUUCCUCCUGACUGUGCCAGAGAGAAGCUCACCCUGAAGCAGCUGCUCUACCGCAGCCUCCAUCUCUUUGCCAACGUGGCCACCAGCAGCUUCCAGAGCUCCCAGGAGCUGCGGCGCUUCCCGGGGCUGGAGCGGGUGACCGCCAGCUGCAGGAGGAACGUGGUGUGGAUGGUGGAGGUGCUGGAGGGGCUCCCUGAGACUGACAGAGGCAAAUACCUCAGCACAGCAGCUUGCUGCACGUACAGGUUGGCCCAUGUCUUCUAUGACAAGAACCUUCCUGAGGAAGCCAGUUCCAUCUGUGAGCCCUUCUGUGAGAGGCUGCAGGCAGCAGAUGUCUACACGUGGCCGGAGCUGUCCCUGGAGAGGCUGCAGCAGUGCUUUGGGCUGCAGGUGGAAUGCUACCACAGGCUGGGCUGGCUGGAGAGGGCUCUGGGCUGCGUGGUGCGGUGGCUGACGGCGCUGCGGGGCCGUGGCGGGGAGCUGCUGGCAGAGCCCCUGGCCCUGUGGGUCAGAGUCAAAGCAGAUGCAGUCAAACAGGGGGCUGAGGAGCUGAGGUUACGGACCUUGAAGGAAGCCUUAGAAGGGCACAACCUGGACACAGACACUUUGGUGACCCUUCUCUUUGCUGAGCUCAAGGCCUACAAGAGUGUGCGAGGUGACACUGGGCAGGAGCGUUACAACGUGCUGUGUGACCUGCUGGAGCUGUGCUCCGAGGCCAGUGGCCGCCUGCACCAACGCGCCGUGGGCCUCACAGAGCUGGCCCAGGUCCUGUGCUACCACAGCCACAUCCAGCUCACAGACUGCUCCUCCCUGGACUCGGUGCGUGAGGCUUUGCGGCUGCUGGACCUGGUGCCCAGGAGCGCCCAGAACAGUGACAAGCUCCUGGAUGACAGGGCACAGGCAAUGCUCUGGUUCUACAUCUGCAGCCUGGAAUCCAAGCUGGAGAAGAACAUAGAGAGGGAGCAGAGAGCCAAAGCACAGAGGCUGCAGACCCUGACUGACUUUGAGCCCAAUGACCUCAACUAUGAAAGCAAACAGCUGGAGGACAGGUUCCUGUCCAACACCAUCUCCUUCAACCUGGCCACAGAGAGCGUUCUCUGCAGGAGCCUGGAUAAUGCCUUUGCUUUGUGGAAGAGGCUCCUGGCCAGGCCGGGUGUCCCGGCCGUGCGCAGCCCCGAGCAGACUGUAGCUUCCCUCAACCUCCUGGCAGCUCUCUACAAGCUGAUGGCCAAGCCUUUGCAAGCCAUGGAAAGCUACCUCCUGGUCAGAGACCUGUGCAACGCCCUUGGGGACAACCUGGGCAUGGCCAGUGCCCUGUGCCAGGUCACCAAGCUGCUCUUCCAGCUGGAAUGCCCCAGCUAUGCCCAGCUUUUCCUGGAGGAGAUGGAAUCCUGCCUGCAGAAAGCCCCCAGCAGUGACAAUUCCUACCUGGUGCUGCAGCAAAGCUGCCUCCUGCUCCACAGCAGGCUCUGCUGUGUCAACCACAGGAUUGAAGAGGGUUUCAACCUGUUGCUGAAGGUGCUUCAGAAUCCCCUUCUGCAAAAAACAGCAAAGGUCUGGUACCUGCUGCGAGCCCAUGUCCUGCAGCUGGUGGCCACUUACCUGGGCCUGCCCCACAGCCACCUCUCACCACAGCUCCGGCAGCAGAUGUUCCUGCAAGGCUGGAAGACACCCAAGACAGCUCUCAUCGAAGCCCACAAGCUCUUCCGCAGCAUCAUCCUCCUGCUGAUGGGCAGCGACGUGCUGGGCUCUGACACAACAACAUCCACCACCCAGUUUUUGGAUUAUGGGGACAACGUGCUGCUGAAGUGGCAGGUGCUGGCUGACAUGUUGGCUUGCUCAGAGCACCUCGUGGCUUUCCUCAGCAGCUUGGAGAUGGUGUGUAGAGCCAAAGCUUUCUGCCUGGAGGCUGUCAAGCUGGCCAUGAAACUACAAGCCACUCGUUGGUGUGCUUCUUUCCUGGUGCUGAAGGCUCGGCUGGAGCUGCAACAGAGUGAUCUGGAGCUGAGCCACUUCAACCUCCAGCAGGCUCAGUUCCUCCUGGACUCAGACACUGAGUUCAAAGCCAUCAAGAAGCAGAAAGGCCAGAUCAAGAUCCUGCCAAGGAAGGGCAAACUGGCUGGCAGGAGGCCCCAGAAACCCAUCCCUGAGCCUGGGGAGGAAGAGGAGCAUUUCCUGGAGGGCCCUGCACUGCAGUUCGUGCCCACGGCCAGCGGCCCCAAGGCCGACGCUCUCACCGCCUCACCGGAGCUGAAGCCCGAGAAGAGGAAGAGACUGUCCUUCCUCACCCACCCCUCAACCUGCUCCUGCUGCCUGUGCUCUGACCUGACCCUCUCUGCCCUGUGCCUGCGCUGGCUGCUCUCCUGUGCCCAGUGUGAGCUGGCAGAGGGCAGGGUGGCCGUGGGGCUGGGGCUGCUGCGGGCAGUGCUGCCGCGCUGUGCCGCCGUGGCCGCCCGCUUCGCCCCGCUGCUGAGGGACAAGCUGUGCCAGGGUGGCUCUGGCAGCCAGCAGCUGCCUGCACUGGAGCUGCUGCAUGAUUUGGUGGCCACUGGCUAUGUCACGUUAGCCCUUCAGAGCUUUGCCAGCCCUGAGCAAGGAGAGAAGCUGCAGGAGGAGCUGGAGGAGGGACUGAGCUUCCUGGCCUGCUGCAGACCUCACCUGCCCGGCCUGCAGAGCUCCAGAGCCAGACUAUUGCUUAUCAAAGCCAUGGCUACCGUUUGCCAGAUGGCUCCCAAGCUUGGGGACGCCCUGAAGAUCAUCUCUGAUGGCUCUUGGACCUGCCAGCUGCCCACACUGCCUGUAGCAGAGCCCAAAGUGGCAGCUGUGCCCCAGCCCCUCAAGAUGGACAAACCACAACCACAAAGGCGGAAAAGCAAAGCAGCCAAACCUCGAGCCAAGCAGAGCCAGAGAGCCAAGGCCUUGGCUGUGCACAGCACCACUGAUGCCUUUGCUCUGGAUGAUGAGGUGCCCCACAUUGUCAUCAGGCCUGUGCCCUGCACCCCACACCAAACAGCCUGUGCCCCCACCAGGGCCCCCAGGACUCCCUUCACCAUCUUCAGCGAAUCCUCCCCCUCCAAUGACAAACCCCAACUCCUGCGAGCUCCCAGAGCCCUGGGGAAGGUCAAAUCUCGCUUAAAGGUGACGUUCAGCGAUGACAGUGACGUGGAGGCUCCUGCGCCGGGGCUGAGCCCCGCGGCCACCCGCAAGACAUCCUGUGCCUCCAAAGCCACAGCCUCCAAAGCCCUGAUCUCCAAAGCCACAGCCUCCAAAGCCACAGCCUCCCAGCCCAGCUCCUUGGCAUCUGGUGGCCCAAGUGGCAGUGCCCGAGGCCGGAGAGGCCGCUCAGGUGCCCUCCAAAGCAGGGCUGUGGAGCAGAAGGGGCGGGUGACCCGCAGGACUUGUGCUAAGCCAGCGGAGCAGGAGCGUGAGCUCCUCAGGGCCAUCGAGGAGGAGGAGAAGGUGGAGGAAGGGCUUGAUAUCAGCUUCGAGGUCUUGCAAGUCUCUAAGGAAGAGGGAGGCUCAGGCAGGAGCUGGCAGCAGGAGCACGAGGUGCCACAGGGAGAGGCUGGUGAGGAUGUCCUGGCAGCACAGUGUCUGAGCCAUGGGGACCCCCAGAACCCAGGGGAGACCCUCUGCUCCCCUCCAGCUGCUGAUGCUUCCUCACUGGACACAGUCCUCAAGCUCCUGAGAGAUGCUUUUAGCUGCAUCAGCCACUGUCCUCCCAGUGUGCUCUACAGCCAGGUGUGCCAGCUCCUGGCACUGGCCAUGGGCAACCAGGACCCUCUCACCACUGCCUACCUGCUCUCUGAGUCAGUCUCCAUCACCACUCGCCACCAGCUGCUCAGCAUCUUCCAUAGGAAGAUUUACAAAGAGAAGAAGUCAGCAGGGGAUGUGGCUGAGCAGCUCCGUGGGCUCUCCCUGCAGGAGCAGAGCUCUGCCCAGCGCUGCCAGCGCCUCGCUCAGCUCGAGAGGCUCUUCAUGUUCAGCUCCACGGGGCUGGGGGCUGAGGAGCAGAACAGCUUCCAGACACAGCUGCAGCAGAUACCCAGGGGGGUGACUGUGUGCCUGCUGACCCUGGUCAGCCUCCAGCCUGGCUGCCCUGGGGCCACGCUGCUGCUGACCCGGCUGGAGAAGGGCAGCGCUCCCGUCAACAUCCGCAUCCCCCAGUCCCUCCUGCCCUCGGUGCUGAGUGAUUUUGAUGCCAUCCAGAAGGAGCAGAGGGAAACCACCAACUGCAGGGAGAAGGCGGAGUGGUGGCUGCGCCGCACGCAGCUGGACCGCAGGAUGCAGAGCCUCAUUGAGAACCUGGAGAACAAGGUGCUGGGGUGCUGGAGAAGUGCCCUGAUCCCCACGAGCCCCGAGCUGGGGCUGGCGGAGGAGAGCGGCCGCCUGCACCCGGAGCUGCGCCGCUGCGGCUGGGCCGACCCCCAGCCCGACCUCAUCAAGGUGCUGCUGAACGCCGCUGCCCUGCUCACCCCGCAGGAGGUGCAGGCUUUGGCCUUCGGCCUCUGCCCGGCGCAGCCCCUCCGGGCUCAGCAGCUCUUGCAGGAGGCCCUGGAGAGGUGCAGGGGCUGUGCCAGGGAGGGGCCCAGGGGGUCCCUGCUCCUGGUGCUGGAUAAGCACCUGCAGAAGCUGCCCUGGGAGAGCAUGAGAUGCCUCAAGACUGUGCCUGUGACCCGGCUCCCAUCCCUGAGAUUCCUCCUCAGCUACUCCCUGACACAGAAGCAGGAAGGGUCUGUGCUGAGCCGUGGGGUCAACCCCACCAGCACCUUCUACGUCCUGAACCCACACAGAAACCUGAUGGGCACCGAGGAGCGGCUGAGGGCCUGGUUUGAGAGUGAGACCGGCUGGAGGGGGGUGACAGGAGCCAUCCCCAGCCCCAAACAGAUGGAAGCAGCGCUGGUAGAACACGACCUCUACAUCUACGCAGGGCACGGGGCUGGGGCCUGUCUCCUGGACGGCCAUUCCUUCUCCCGCCUGGAAUGCCGAGCCGUGGUGAUGCUGUUCGGCUGCAGCAGCGCCGCCCUGGCCCUGCGAGGGGAGCUCGAGGGCUCCGGCGUCAUCCUCAAGUACCUGAUGGCCGGCUGCCCCUUCAUCCUGGGCAACCUGUGGGACGUGACAGAUCAGGACAUCGACCGCUACACGCAGGGGCUGCUGCAGGGCUGGCUGCGGGGCGGCCCGGGCGCUCCCCUCCUGCCCCACCUCAGCCAGGCCCGCCAGGCCCCCCGCUUGAAGCACCUCAUCGGGGCAGCCCCCGUUGCCUACGGGCUCCCUGUGUGCCUGCAGUAAGCUGGGGAGGGUGUGGGGGAGGUUCAUGGAGCCCUCUCAGCCCCGUUUGUUACUAAACAGUGUUUUAAUUUGCUGCUUUGGGGAUAAUAAAGUUGGUGCUUUUGCCCCUGUUCCUCGGGGUCCCUUCGCUGCUGCUG